UUAACGUACAGGUUCUUCGGGAAGGGCCUGUUAGUUCGAAACAUUAUAUUCAUCCCUGGUUUUUUUUUUUUUUUUAACACAAGUUGGAUGCUUGUUAUGCUGCCUAAAUUUUACCCCGUGCUUAGUUAAAGCUCAAUAAACAAACACACUAAACAGAUUCGUUUCGAAUGAGCCUCAUUUUGAAUCGUGAAUAUUUUUCUAUGAUGAAUGGUGAUUUCUGCCCGUGGAUUAAUGCCACCGACAUGAUCAAUUAACAACGAUCUCUCAUCUUCAUCCUACAAAAUCAUCCUCCACCUUGUCUAUCAGCUACCAGAAGGAAGAAAGGCCGCCAUGUUGGCUCGCGUGUGAGCUAAAAGUGUUUUGUAGGGUUUUUGUACUCGGCUGAUCCGGGCCGUCCAUGCUAGCAGGCUAAGCCAGUUAGCUUGCCUGACGGCUACCGUGGUGACCAACUGGGGAACAAUAUGGCGCCAGAAAUCACUUCGGUUUCUCCUGACACAGAGCUCGUUUAAAGCCCGAAGACCGAGCAGGAUGAACCUUUGCGUCCAAUAUUUGAGGCAAGCUGAGGCGCUGAAGGCUGAUAUGACGGAUUCAAAGUUGGGUCCAGCCGACAUCUGGACAUCUCGACAGGCUCUGCAAGAUGUAUAUCAGAAGAUGCUGGUCACGGAUCUGGAGUACGCUUUAGAUAAAAAAGUGGAACAAGACCUUUGGAAUCAUGCAUUUAAGAAUCAAAUAACUACCCUACAAAGUCAAGCCAAGAACAGAGGCAACCCUAACCGGAGUGAAGUACAGGCCAACUUAUCCCUGUUUCUUGAGGCAGCUAGUGGAUUCUACACGCAACUACUACAGGAACUGUGCACUGUCUUCAACGUGGAUUUACCCUGUCGGGUGAAGUCGUCUCGACUUGGGAUUAUUAGCAAUAAACAGAGCAACACCAGCGCCAUUGUCAAACCCCAGCCAAGCUCUUGCUCCUACAUCUGCCAGCAUUGUCUUGUGCAUCUUGGAGACAUUGCACGAUAUCGCAAUCAAACCAGUCAGGCAGAGUCCUAUUACAGACAUGCAGCUCAACUUGUACCCUCAAAUGGGCAGCCCUACAAUCAGUUGGCUAUACUGGCCUCCUCCAAAGGGGACCAUUUGUCAACGAUUUUCUACUACUGCAGGAGCAUCGCGGUCAAAUUCCCCUUUCCAGCUGCGUCAACCAACCUGCAGAAAGCCCUCUCCAAAGCCCUAGAAAGCCGCGAUGAGGUGAAAACCAAGUGGAGCGUUUCUGAUUUCAUCAAAGCCUUUAUCAAAUUUCAUGGCCACAUCUACUUGAGUAGGAGCCUUGAGAAGCUCAGUGGCCUGAGGGAGAGGCUGGAAGAUCAAUUUCAGAUGCUGAUUCUUCAGAAAGCAUUCAGCUCUCAGCAGCUCGUCCACAUCACGGUCAUUAAUCUUUUUGGCCUCCAUCACCUGAGGGACUAUGGCAGUGAGGCAGAUGAGCAGAACUUCAGCCCUGAUGAACAGAUCAGCUGGGUCCAGCUCCUCGCACUCUUCAUGUCCUUCCUGGGUGUCAUGUGCAGCAGGGCAGUGCUGAAUAAGAACAGUGUGGAGAUUCUAGGCGAGUGCCCUCUCCCAGCUAUCAAGGUGUCCCUGGAUUGGCUCAAACUGCGGCCUAGAGUGUUUAACGAGAGUCCUGUGGACAAGAAGCAGUAUAUUUGGUCGUGGCUGGUUGCAAUACUGAACAGUUUUCAGCCAAAGGAAGAUGAUGUCUCCUGUCCGUCAGUCUUACCGCUUCCAGAGGAGUUUGAGCUGCAGGGGUUCUUGGCUCUCAGGCCUGCUCUACGAGCCCUGGAUUUUUCGAAAGGGCACCAAUCCAUCAAUGGAGACAAAGGUCUGCCCAGCCGGGCUCGUCACCAGAGGCUUAUCAACCUCGGCAAGUGGGUGGCGGACAACCAGCCUGGGUUGAUCCAGUACCAAAUCAAUGAAGGCCUGAUCCUGUUUCUGACCGAUGUCCCGGAAAUGGUCAUCCAGGAGCCACAGGAGAAAGAUGGUCCAGUGCUCCAGGAGUCUUCCAACAGCGAGCCCAUGUCUCACGAAGAUGGCCCUGCGCUUAAGCCUGUUCUCUCCAUGGGCAGGACCCCCGGCACAGAGUGCAGUGAGAGGCCCGUAGUAACUUUCAAAGAGAACAUUAAGCCCAGGGACCCUAGCCGAGAGACGGCCCGCAAUCACCACCAGAAGGAGGCAGUGAAGGAGCGAAGGGAUUACAGCAAAGGCAAUGGUACCCCGAACAAGAAUGAGCAGAAGAAAGACAAACGAAAGAAUGAGGCAAAGAAAAACAGCCACGAGAAGCCUCCAGAUGCUGGGAAGCAGGUAAAAAGCCAGUCAGAAAUCACAAAGACUCCAGUGUCCGAGUUCCGGAAGACUCCAGUAACACAGACACAAACAACCACCUCCUCCCAAUUCAUUCCCAUCCAUCACCCUGGGGCGUUCCCUCCUCUUCCCAGCAGACAAGGCUUUCCCCCUCCAGCCUACGUCAUCCCCCCUCCCGUGGCAUUCUCCAUGAGCCCAGGCUUCACCUUCUCUGCUGGGGUAUCAGUACCGGCCCCAUUCCUGCAGGCCGCCUCCCACGCUCAGAGCGGCAGCCAGAUGCCGGCCGGGAAGCCAUCGCACAUCCCCUACAGUCAGCAGCGGCCCUCUGGUCCAGGAGCUCUCAGCCAGAGCCCCCAGCAGCAGCAAGGCCAGCAGCCGCAGGGCCAGCCCCAGGCGCAGCAGCAGCAGCAGUCGCCUACUAAACCCAUAUCGGCCCAGCAGGGCAAGAGCCCUCCUCACCAUCCCACAGUGCAGCAGUACAUCCAGGUUUCAGAGCCAUCUGGCCAGCUGUGGAACCAGCACCAGCUGCAGCCCUCCUUCCGGAAGAUGCAGAUACCUGUCAAGCAGCCAUUCUUCAUGCCAGCCCAGGACCCCCUGAAGCUCUUCGAGAAUCCACUGCAGCCAGUCCCCCUGCAGCCUCCGCAGCCCAGCAGUUUGGACAAGAAGAUGCCGUUUCCUGAUCCUGUCAAGGAUUUCUAUUGGGAAUCUGCCUACCGCAUGACUGACAACCAGCCAAUGAUGAGCCAUCAGGUGGCUGGUGAUCGGCCAGUUAAGCGCCAGGCAGGAGUCUUCUGCCCUGACCCGGACAGCGGAUCCCGAAUACCAUCUUUUGAGGACAACAAGAGCUCGCCUCUUCUACCUCCUGACCUGUUAAAAUGUCUAGCUGAUUUUGAGGAGGAGGAGGAGCUGACCUUUACUAAGCCACAUGGUUUCUACCAAGCCUUGGCUGGGCCUCUUAGCACAGCUCCUGGACGAAACCUAUUUCUUCCUGAUAUCUCCAGGCUGGAAAGAGCUCCUGAAGUCAUGUCUCAGACCUCUUCUCUGCUGCCCUUGUCUGGAUUUUCAGUUCAGGAGAGUUCCUAUCAAAACAGCAGCAUUUUCAGCGAGGCCUAUGGCAAAAACAUCACCCCCAGUCCCAAGACCGAUAUUGCCCUAGCACCCCAAGAAGCUUCCCUUUAUUCCCUGUUUGAAGGCACACCGUGGUCUCCUUCCCUUCCUGCCAGCUCAGACCACUCAACACCAGCAAGCCAGUCUCCCCACUCCUCCAAUCCCAGCAGCCUGCCUUCAUCUCCGCCCACACACAACCACGGCCCCGCCCCCUUCUCCAAUUUUGGCCCUAUCGGCACCUCUGACAAUAGAGAGCGAAGGAUGACUGACCGCUGGAAGGCAGAGAAAACAGUCUCGGAGAACAGUUGGCACCAGGCUAACGCUCCCGGCAGUGGCUGGGCCGCGCAGGAAUCCCCCAUGGAAGACUCUUCCACCAUCUUGGAUAGUCUUAAGUCAAUCUGGUCCAGCUCCAUGAUGCAUCCUGGUCCCUCGGCCCUGGAGCAGCUGCUCAUGCAGCAGAAGCAGAAGCAGCAGAGGUCACACGGCACCAUGAACCCCCCCCACUGAGGGCACAGGCGGAGCGCUCUACGGGAAAAACCGUUUUAAUGAAAACCCGAGUUGAAUUAGCAGCACUGUCGGGGAGGGGGGCAAGCGACAGAAUGUGCUUCAUAGCCUCCCCAGGAAACUCUCCCUGGCCCUGCCGGGUGAGGGGGGGUGGCGGCAAUGGCACUCUGGCUCUCUGCGUCCACCGCACAGAAAGGCGCGCACCCUCGCAUCACCGCUGGGCACAGAGCUGCAGCUACUUACGGGAUUUUCUAUUGAGGGACAAAACAAGCCUGCCGCUGGCACCAUACCACCUGAUCGCUCGCUCUGCUCGAUGGUUAGGGAGACGCCACCUUCUUCUAUAGGGGGCGCUGACAUAGGAGGGGGAUAAUGUGGAAGGGAAGGGAAGGCUGUCCGGGCCAUGUCAUGCGGUGGGGGGGAGGGGCACAAACAGCAUUCUGGUGGAGACUAAUAGAACCCCCCUUCCCCUUUCUUGGAGUGAGGUGUUCCUGGGUGAAGGAGAGAGUGUUGUAACAGCUAUAGCAGAGUUUGCAGAAGUGCACCUGUUUUGCAGUGAGUUGGGAACAGUGAGUCGAGGAUUCGGAAGCAGCAAAUGCAGCCACUCUGAUCCCAUUUGAGCAGCAGUAGAUUACUAUAUUUUUAUAAAAUAAAUGUAUUUAAUUAAAAAAAAAAAUAGGCUAACUCCAUAUCCAUAGGACAGAAAUGCCUCGCUGCUACAUUAGCUUGAGAAAUCUGAAGUUUUGUGUGGGUGUAAUCUAAUAAUUAGUAUUUACAGCUGCGGUAGAGAUUGCUAUAUUAUAAUACUGUACUUUUGUGGUUAGUUAUGUAGCACUUCCAGGUUAACUAUUGGUGAAUGUGUACAAUUAGUGUACUGAAGAGGGUGGGGUAUUGAUCCCCCCACCUGUGUCCUUUGCUUGCUUUCUUUGAGCGUACACUCUAGCUUGCCAACAAGGUUUUUUCUCCCCUCGUUUUUGGAUAAUAUUUUAAGCAGCAUUAGAUGGCUCUGUAUGUGCCUGUUUUUUCCUUUAAUUACAAUGAUCAUGGUUGGCAUUUUUUUUCUUCUUAAACUGAAUCAAAAGGGUCCAGCAAAUUUGGGGCACAAACUGCUCAAGAAAACCACUAUAAAUUUAUCUUGAUUCACAGUGACACACAAAAAAGACUAAACCAACAUCUAAGGGAAGAGUUUUUUUUUUUUUUUUUUCUUUUCCUCCCUCCUUGUCAACUUUCAUAUUAAAGAUUAAUAAAUGACGUGUCUUUGUGCUGGUUAUGCCUUUCUUGCUGAAUUAAAAUAUCUAUUUAUGGAAUAAUAAAUUGAGCUUGAAUCUGGAGUUUGUUUGCCUGGAAGCCUUGGAAGCCACCUAUUCCAAGCACCAGAAACUCUGCCAGGCAUCGAAUCUUGCUAUCUUUUAUGAUUAUCUGUUUUGGUUUUGAAUUUGUGUCUUUGCUGUAUUUCUCCAAGUGGCGGCACAUUCAGUAACACUGACUUGGCUGAAUGGGAAGGCCUGUAACCUUACAUAGGGAGAAAAUGGCCAAAAAUGAAUUCAGUGCACCGAUAUGGCUGAUCUGUGCUGUUACCACUUGGUAGGUCGGGAAUCUCUGCGGUGUCAUUGAGGCAUGAGGUAAAACCAGACACAUGUCGUCUGUGGCAGUCCUGCCAUUGCGAUUUGAGAGAGUGUGUUUUGAAGGAUUAAAGCAUUCCACAGUUAGUGUCUUGUACCAGUGCAGCUGGAGGAAAUGCAAGCCUUAAAGCAUGCAGCCCAGUUAGGCACUUCCUAUUGCCUCAACCAAUCAAUGUGCUGAUUCAGAACUUUACGAAUCUAGUGGUUUUGAAUAUUCUGUGUGUUAGAGGGAAUGGGUUACCUGGUACUAAAAUGAAAGGAAAGUCAUGGGGCAUCCACAACACGAACAGUUUGUGUGUUGUGUCACUUGACUAUCAUUUAAUGUUUUCCAAUUGGCUAUGACCUUAAUACAGCAAACCAUUUCUGUGUAAAUGCAUAAAAUGGCCUGCAACCCCCAGCACAGAAGACCUCUUCAGCAAUUGAUUGGUCGAAGUAAUGCGGCAAAAUGGUGAUUGCCAGAUCUUCGCUGUCAUGUCGACCAUUACUUCACAGCAUUAGCACUGUAGUUAAUUACAAUAUUUUGGGGGUUGGAGAUUUUAUGCUUGAUGGACCAGUGGGCUCCUGGAGAAAGAUUUAAAAAUAUUGAAGUCGUGAACUGAGUAAUUGACAUGUGCUUAUGCACGGUAAAAGGGAACGUGCAUCAAUGUACAAAUAACUGCUGAAUGCGUUCUGGGUGAUUUUAUUGUCAAAUGUGUUUUCCCCUUUACAAGAAUGAUUCAUGCAAUAAAAAUCUUCAUUAUUU